CUUUUAAAGAAAGGCGUUGGUCAAAGGCGCUCCUUCGGGGAGACAGUAAGGGCAAAGGGCAUGUUGCCGGAGAGAAAAAGGCAACAGACACUUUCAUGACGCCUCCUGAGUAGGAGACAUGUACAUGGCGCUCUAUGAAAGGCGCUACCGGGCUCUUUUAGGCGUAUAUCAGGAGCAGUUGUAGUGGUAGAUGUACUGUACUGUGCUGUACUGUACGCUGUCAGUCAGACUUCGUGCAAGACCUCGAGCAUUGACAACUACAUGAGAAGCAUGAGGCCCACCUGUCUCCUCUCCCUCAUUGCAGCUGUGUUGCUGUCAAGCCACAGUUAUCAAAAUCCAUCGCCAGGAAACGAUGACUACCGGCCCGAGAAACGCAUUAGGCUCUUCGGACAGGAUAUCGAACCCAGUAAACCGGUCGAAAGCACGUACAAUGGCAGCGCGUCGUCCGAGAAGACGUCUACCCAGCCGUACGGGCAGGACUCCAGUAACAUACUUCAUCCCUACCGCGAGCGAAUCCCGAGCCAGUUGAAGGCCAUACACUACGAGCAAGGCUCUCUCGCUGCCAAAUAUACGUCUUCGGCCGCUCCUGAGCAGUCUAGCUUCAUGCAUGAUGCUCGUCGGGUCCCUCUUCCACAGCCACUGAAACAGCAAAGAUCAGGGAAGAGACCUUACAAAAAGAAAGCCACGGCGGUGAGCAGGCCACAGAAACUGACGCGCGUUGCAGAAGCGCUGGUCAAAGAGAACGGGCAAUUAGCAAGCCGUGAAAACCUCCAAUUAAUUCAAUUGAGACUCGACAAGUGGCUUGAAUCUACACCCGUUGCGCCAGAGACCAUCACAGCAUUCCAAAGGGCGUCUGAAGGCCAAGUUGAAGCCGAAGAGUGA